ACUGUCAUUCAUCCAUGAACAACACUAGCACAUGCAUUACCGUACCGCAUAAACAGUUUGUUUUCCAUACUCCACGCACAUGUGAAUAUAUUUUGAAUUCCGAAUUUUGGUUUUUCAUACAAGUAAAGAUUAAAAAAAAGAAUGGCUAUCAACGACUCAACAAAGGGUGAUCGAAAGGAUAAAGCCGGUAAGCAAAAAUCAGCCUUAAAACCGCAUGGAACUGUAAAAACGGAAAAGAAGAAAAUAAUUUUUAACGACGAAGGAGAGCAACACGAAGUUCCGGUGGAAUUGGCGGAUACAACCGCGAACGAACCGAACUCUGAUAAGAAAAGUAAGGUGAAGAAAAAACACCGACCAGCAAAUACUCUGCAGGAGAGUAGCGAUAAAAUUGAGAACCGCUGGUACGAACAUUUCGAUGGAUACAAUACUGUAGGAGUGCUGGUAGAGCUUAAAGAUGCUGAAGUAGCUGAACUGCGAAAACUUUGCCAAAAUGCAUUCGAUGCGGAAUGUCGUAAUCUAUCGAAGAAUGAUCCCUCUGACGCUAAAUGGUUGCGAACAGCACUGGAGAAAGGAACUUCGCGUGAUCGAGCAAACGCUGGAGCAUUGCUAGUACAAACAAAUCCGCUGUGCAAUCUAUCAGCUCUUGAGACGGUCGUCGGUAUGGUUAAAUUAUCUAACAAAGGUCACCUGGACGUUGCUGAAAUAUUGACUGAGCUUAUGCUCAAUUCAUUAUUGCCUCCGUUCAGAAAACUAAUUUCUAUUCCCCUUCGCGGUGCUGACUGGAAAAAUGUUAGAAAGCAAGAUCUAGAAAAAGGGUUACGGGACCAAAUUUUUGCUCACUGGCAUUUUGAGGAUGCACUGAGAGACGUCUAUUUCACGUUCCUGAAUAAUUUGUCGGCUUUGAUUCAGACGGGUCAAGACAACAGCAAAAUGAAAGUUAUUCAGUAUGCAUCUAAGUUGUUUACGAUGAUUCCGGAGAAGGAAGCAUAUCUACUAUCGAUGUUGGUCAAUAAACUUGGAGAUCCAGGUAAAAAAAUCGCGGUAAAAGCAAUGUAUCAUUUGUCAGAGGUAGUGAAGAAGCAUUCAGCCAUGUGUCCAAUAAUUGUCACCGAAACAGAGAAGUUGUUGUUUAGAAACAAUGUAUCACCGAGCGCUCAGCACUAUGGGCUAAGCUUUCUAGCAGCCAUAAGUAAAUACGGAGAUUUUAACUCCUGUGAAAAAAUGAUCAAUAUAUGUUUUUCCUUUUUCAAAAUUUUGACCGAAAAAGGCGAGGUAAACUCUAGAACCAUGCAAGCAAUUCUCGCAUGCCUGCGUAAAGCCAUUGGAAACAUUAAACGGGAUGUUGACAUAGCUGAUUUCGUUAAACCGGAAGUACUCAACACGGUUUAUCGAUUGAUUCAUUUAGCGGAUAUUUCCAUUGCUUGCCAGGCGCUUUCUCUACUGCUGGAAAUCACUGAAAAGAGAGGUUCGGAGCAAAAUCGGUUCUACAAUGCACUUUAUCGAAAGUUAUUGGAUCCUCAGUUGGCAACAAUAGGACCACGAAUAUCGAACAUCUUUUUCUAUAUCAUCCACCGUGCGAUUCAGAACGAUCCAUUACCAGACCGGGGACAGGCAUUCAUCAAACGGUUACUACAGGUUGCCUUUUAUUUCCCGCCAUCGCGGGUCUGCGGCGUCUUGAUUGUCGUCAAUAAAGUGCUUCGAAAACGUAAGCAUCUCAAUCACGACGGAUGCGAUCCUUCCGAAGAGAUCAAACCAGAAGAAGGUAUUCGAAGUGAGAACCAAGCAGAAAUAAAGUUGGAAUCUGGACGCCAGGUAACAGAGUACGACCCGUUCCAUCGGGCUUCGGAGUAUGCUGGUGCUAGAUAUACUCUUAAGUAUGAACUUAAUCGAUAUUUGGAAUAUUUUCACCCAACGGUGCAAAACUUUGCUCAGAGCAUUAUCAAUGGAACUGCCCUUACAUACUACGGUGAUCCACUAAGGGACUUCUCGUUGGGUCAUUUUCUGGACAGAUUUGCGUUUAAAAAUCCUAAAAAACCAAAAACAGAAGUGGAUGAAGAUGGGAAAGAGGUACCCCGUAAAAGGCCAUUGGGAGUUGCUCAGCGGAAAGGUGACUAUGUACCGAGCGGUUCCCGCGGCUUGCCCGUGCAUUCGCUUACCAGCCAACAAUGCACCGAAGAUGAACGGUACAUCUUUCGGUUUCUGGAACAGAAACGUGAAAAAAUUGAAGCCGCAAAGGAGUAUGCCAAAGCGAAGAAGGCUGAAGCAGGAAUUAUUGAUGAUGAAAAUGCAGAUUCGGAUGCGGAAUCGUUGGACGACGACGAAUUCGAGUCAUAUCUGGAUCGUCUGGGUGUGCCCGGCGGAAACGAUGGUGCAGCUGACAUGGAUAAAGAAGUAGAUUUUAUUCGCGAGUUCGAACAGGAUUUAGCCAAGCAAAAAGAUAAAAAGAAGUUCAAAAAAGCAGCACCGGGUGAGGGUAGCGAUGCUGAUGAUGAUGAUGACGAAGACUUUGGCGAUUGGGAUGAUGCGCAAGACAUCGACGAUAUGGAUGAGGAUGAAUUUGCUGAUGAUGAUAACGAUGGCGAUGUGUUUAGUGAUGGUGGUAGCGUGUCUUUGGAUGAAGGUGGCAGCGAUGAAGAAGAUUCAGAUAUUGACGAGCUAGAAGUAUCCGAAAAGUCCCGAAAGCGAAAGAAGACGUCUGGCAUUGAUGCUAAAGAGUUCCAGAAGAAGCUGAAGACGAAUGACUUCAACUCACUAUUUGCUGCGGCCGAUGAUUUCUCGGAGAUGCUCGAGCGAAAUGUCACCUCGAAGGAUAAAUCACACGGUACGCUAGGAGAAGUUUUCAACAAAGAUAAUGCGUCCAUGAAGCAAAUGGCUUGGGAGCAGUCGCGUUUUAGCGGCAAAAAUCGGAUGCAGAGUGGGAAGAAGCGGUUUGUCAGUAAGAAGCACGGUCGGUCUGGUAAGGCGGAAAACACAUUUUCAAAGGCAAGAGGGCAAAAAUCGUUUAACAAAUCGACUAAAAAAGUCAGCAAGGUGGGCGGAGGUAAGCGGAAAAAAUAGUUCCCACGUUGUUUAGUUCUUUUUCUGUUGUUUAUUGUAUGUGUACAGUUUCUACUGUAAGUAAUAUACAAUAUUACGUA